AUGGCCUGUCGCAGUUGUAAGAAGACGGUCGCUGUUUCUGAUCGUAUAGUUUGUCAAGGAUUUUGCGGAGCCACCUUCCACGUAAUCUGUGCCAAAGUCGACGAUCCCGUGCGUGAGGCAUUGGGUAUUGGCGGAAACAAUAUAUUCUGGAUGUGUGAUCCGUGUGCCGAUUUAUUUUUGAAUGAUCACUUUCGCGCACUAGUAAAUGUUUUUGAUGAAAAAUGUUCUUCGUUUAUGCCCAAAGCGAUACAAUCAAUGAAAGAAGAUAUUAAUAAAUUACACACUGCUUUAACUGCUCUAACCGCUAAAGUCGAUGCAAAACCGAAUGCAAAUACACCGUAUGCUACUCCCAGCCCGUGGCCUAAUGUCGCUCGUUCAACUGGUCUGCAAAGUACACCAAAACGACGCCGGGGAAACAGUGGCAAUCCUGUUAGUCCAAUCUCUUUGCGUAAUGCCAACUCGUACGGGACCAAAGCAGUUCACACAAUCAGAACUGUUAAUCUCAGCCGAAAACUAGAUGAGGAUAUUGUGUGGAUAUAUUUAUCUGCGUUUCAUCCUUCCACCACUGAAAAUGAAAUCGCCAGUCUCGUCACUGAAUGUCUUGGGUUGGAUGCUGGAGAGCCACCGAAGGUUAUAAAACUGGUCCCUAUGGGAAAAGAUCCUGCAACACUAAAUUUUGUGUCUUUCAAAAUUGGUGUCAAGCUGCGGUUAAAAGAAAAGGCAUUAUGCUGCGAAACGUGGCCGGAAAAUGUACGCUUUCGUCUGUUUGAAGACAAUCGAACAAAAAACGCUGCACGAAUUGUGAGAAUUUCGUCGAAGGAAAUUUCAUCAGGAAUGCAGCCUACAAUCUCAGAACCUGUCUAA